GCAGGGUCCACCUGUGCCUCCACCAGUUACUAGCCUGGCACUCCAGUCACGCACCUUGGCACUCCAGUCGAGUAACUGCCUCUCUAGCGGGCAUCUACCACUCCUGGAUAGUACUGGGUACACAAGAGGGAUGAGGGCGUGGAUAGCCGUGGUGUGCAUUUGGGCGGGAGCGGGUGUGGAGGCCGCCCACUUGCUUCCAAGAGACCUUACCCGCCCGGAUCGCAUAGUGGGCGGGGAGCCGGUGAAGCGUGGUCAGUUGCCGUGGCAGGUGUCGCUGCAGUACCAUGGUCGACACUUCUGUGGAGGGACUCUCAUCUCUGAUACCUUGGUUGCUACGGCCGCCCACUGUACACAGACCUUCAACUUCGACGAGGUGAAGGUGGUGACGGGGGCCUGGGACCUGAGCGAGACCAACAGGAUGUACUCGGUGAAGACUGUGAUGGCGGCGCCCUACAGCACCGUCUCCCUCACCCACGAUAUUGCUCUCCUUAGACUCACCCUCGAAGACUCCGACAUCACCUCCAGAGUUGGCUCUGGAGGUGUGCCCAUCGCCCUGGAAACGCGGAAGGAGGUAGAGGCUGGUCAGCGAUGUACCAUCUCUGGCUGGGGGAGGCUGGCGAUGGGAGAUUCUUUAACAAAUGUCCUCAUGGCUGCCGAUGUGAAGGUGAAGAGUGACAGUGAUUGUUUUGAGAUCUUCCGGGGCUACUCCUUCUUCAAGGUCUACCCGAGUAACGUGUGUGCGGGAGGAGAGGACAAGGACGCUUGCCAGGGUGACUCUGGGGGUCCUCUGGUAUGCUGCAACAACUCCACCGAAGACCUCAACUCGUGCCGGCUGGUGGGCAUCACCUCGUGGGGCAUAGGGUGCGCCACUAGGGGUAUUCCUGGCGUGUACACAGAGGUCGCGCACUAUGUUAAGUGGAUGAAGGACACGAUCACCAAGGAGUACGGCACGGACGGACUCCGGGGACUCUCAUUCUUCGGUCAGGAAGAAUUAGUCACGGAGGACCAAGAUACCACCGACUAGAAGCGGGAGACAUGUACUAACACUGACCUGCUGAUAACAACACUGUCGUCUAAAAAUGCAUAGAACAAAGAGAUUAAAAUAUAAUGAAUGAAAAUCACUUGAAUUGGCUGAUGAAUAAUGUUUUCAGCUGAAGGUCAGCAAAUAUUGUCAUGAGCAUAGUCGUCUGGAGAGGUCUGUGUUGGCCACAAUAUAUAUAUA